AUCAGAAAACGAAGCCGAGCAGGAGUCGUCAUUUCUGUUUCUCAGAUAUUGCUUCACUUAGUCUUGUUUAUGUUUUGUCAAGAGAUUUAUUGUAAAAACAAGGCUUUAUUUCAUUGAAAAUUCAUUGAAAAAUACUAUUUUCUUGAUAUAUAAUCUUUCCGUUUGUGUAAUCCCGAAGAAAUAUGUCCGUAUAGAAAUUGGAAAUUACUGUUGGAAAAUAUUUUUAAAAGGAAAAAUAAGAAAAGAAAAUGGCAGAUCGCAGGUUUGUAGCGAUGGACGAUCGAGAUUAUUGCAAACUGUUCGUUGGACGUUUAAAUCGAGAUAUCAAUGAAAAACAUCUGAAAUCUUAUUUUGAAAAUUGGGGAGAAGUGGCCGAAGCUCGAAUUGUUAGAGACUCAUACGGUUUCGUAACUUUCCGAUAUCCACAACAUCUGGACGACUGUCAAGGCGCGCGGCCUCACUCCAUCGGCGAGCAACAAAUAAUCACGCGAAGGGUUAAUUCUCGGGACAAAAACACAGCUGAAGUGUACAAGUUGUUUAUCAAGGGCGUCAGCGAGGAUACAACAGAGACAGACAUCAAGCAAUCAUUUUCACCGUAUGGUAUUAUUAAGGAUAUAGAAAUGCCGAAGGAUCUACGAACUGGACAACAGAAGGACUUCUGCUUCGUUACUUUUGAUGAUUAUGACAGCGUUGAUAAGUGUGUGAUCCAGCAAACAUUCUCCGUGGCCGGCCGCGACGUAUGGGUGCAGAAAGAUAGAAAACAGGAUUUACAGGGUCGCAGUGUAACAUAUCGAAAAGGUGGGUAUGAAGACGGUUAUUCAAACUCGUCUAAUUACCGCCGUGACCAGGGUUGGCACAACGGUGGAAUUAGUAAUGGUGGUAAUAAUAAUAAUUAUAAUGGUGGUGGUCACAACAGUUCGAAUUACAGUGGUGACUCGGCUUGGAGAAAUGGCAAUAGUUACUCGCGUAGCAACUAUCGACGCGAGAACAACUGGAACGGUCGGUCGAGUUACCAUCAGAGGGAUGACGGCUUCACUAAUCGCCUCAACUUCAACCGUGACCCGAACUGGAGUAAUAGUCACACCUCAAGUUAUCACGACCAGCAAAGGUCGGGUGGUCACACCAACACCAAUUACCACCGGGAACGAAGCUUGGGUCGUGUUAGCUCCAGUUAUGGCAAUAAUAAAGACCAGACACGUUCUUCUAAGAGAAACUACGAUAAACAGGGCCGCAACUGAAAAUGGCAGGAAUGAGGUCCAAACAUGAUGUAGAGAGGGGCCAGGUUCUAUAUUUUCUAGUUCCUCACCUACAUUGGAUCUAAAAGAAAAAAAAAAAAAAAAUAGGGAGACAAAAGAAGAAAUUUGAAAACAGGAAAAAAAAAAAUUCAAAAAUAUUU